ACUUUCCACAUUUAGCAAAAAAUCAAUUCAACUCGGGUUCGCGUCUUUGCUAAGCGGAAUUACAGAAGCUCUUUGUUAUCGAUUGUGUCGAUAUGGAACGUCAACGGUAAAGUGUCCCAUGGUAUUUGAAUGCAAGUUUCUCACGAAGUAUUUUAUCUUUUAACAGAGUGAUAUAUGUGAAAAUAUUUUAUAAAAUAUUUUAUAGAUUAUUUUUGUGAAAUAUGCUUCUGUAAUUAUUACUAAGUGUGCAUCAUUAAGUGGACAUUAUUGAGGUACAUAACCUCUGGUUAUAGUUACCUUUGCAACAUGACUAUUUUAUUCCGAUUUAUAUAACUGACACAAUGAUUAUUAUAAUUGCAAGAUUCAGUGAAUAAAUUGCUAAGUGAAAUGAUCAAUUAAUACUGAUCGAUUUUUAAGAUGUAUUAAACUUUCAUGUUAUUGUAUCAAGUGUGCAAUAUCAAUUUGCAUCAUGACAAUUGUUGAUUAUGUACACGCUCUGUCAGAUAAUCCAUACUUUGGUGCUGGCUUUGGCCUCUUUGGUCUUGGAGCUGGUGCUGCUUUAUUGAGAAAAACUGCACAAUUUGGAGCUGUAUUAUUUAGACGACAUUAUAUGAUUACUCUGGAAGUACCAUGCCGUGACAAGAGUUAUCAGUGGCUUUUACAAUGGAUCACAUACAAAGGUGCUCGCAAGACACAACAUCUCUCUGUAGAGACCAGUUUUGAACAGAGAGAAACUGGUCAUGUGAAAACUAGAUAUGACUUUAUUCCCAGCAUAGGGACCCAUUUCUUCAGAUAUAAGGGGAGUUGGAUAAAAGUUGAAAGAACAAGGGAACAACAAACUUUAGACCUACACAUGGGUGUACCAUGGGAAACAGUGCAGUUAACAUCCUUUGGCAAAGACAGGAGCAUAUACUUUAAUAUCUUGGAAGAAGCCAGACAAAUGGCAUUGAAGGAACAUGAGGGAAAGACUAUAAUGUACACUGCCAUGGGAAGUGAAUGGCGACAGUUUGGGCACCCUAAGAAGAGAAGACCAUUGGAAUCAGUCGUUUUGGAUACCGGUGUCUCCGAGAGAAUAAUCAACGACUGUCGGGAAUUCAUCAAUAAUCCAUCGUGGUAUAGUGAAAGAGGAAUCCCAUAUCGCCGAGGUUAUUUGCUGCAUGGGCCUCCAGGAUGCGGAAAGUCGUCGUAUAUUACCGCGUUGGCCGGUGAACUGGAGCGCGGCAUUUGUGUUUUGAAUUUAUCCGAGAGGGGUCUAACGGACGACAGACUGAACCAUUUAUUAGCAGUAGCUCCGCAGCAAACUAUUAUUCUACUCGAGGAUAUCGAUGCUGCUUUUACCAGCAGGGAGGAAUCCAAGGAAGUCAAGUCAGCAUACGAAGGCCUAAACAGAGUAACAUUUAGUGGUUUAUUAAAUUGCCUGGACGGCGUAGCAUCCACAGAAGCUAGGAUAUUAUUUAUGACAACUAAUUAUCUGGAGAGAUUAGAUCCUGCACUUGUUAGGCCAGGCAGAGUCGAUGUAAAAGAAUAUAUCGGAUGGUGUAGCGCGAAUCAGGUUGAACAAAUGUUCCUGAGAUUUUACAGAGAACCAGGCAAAGAUCCUGAUGUGCUUGCUAAAAAAUUUGCAGACAAUGUUAUAUCCUAUAAGAAAAAUGUCAGCCCUGCACAAAUUCAAGGAUACUUCAUGUUCUAUAAAAAUAAUCCCGAUGCGGUGAUAAAUAACAUCAUGCAAAUCUGGAAACUUACGUGAUAGGAAGUGAAACUUAGUAUUUUGAAGUAGAACUAUUUAUAUUAGUGUUGGUGAUCAUGCAAGAGACUGAUAUCCUUGUAUUUUAUACAAAGAUAUUUUAUUCUGAAAGGAGACCAAUCUAUAUAAUACAGAGUGAGUAACCAUUAUUUUCAUUUUACUUGCGCGAAUAUAAAACAAUGAACACUUCGAUAAACGAAUAUGAUUGAAGACAUCUUCAUUAAUUAUAUAAUGUACCGUUGAUAUUGUCACAUGUUACAAAAUUUAAGGUUAUUAAUGAAAAUGUACAUUCAAAGGAUCCGACGGAAUUUCUUUAUAUUAUAUUUUUCUUGUAACUAGUGCGCUAUUUUGUAUUUGUACCACUGGCAAUUGUAUAUGGACGAGCUGUAUGAAUACUGUUUUGCGUUCAAACGAAAAGACUUCUUAAUUGUUGUAAUAGAAAAUAAUCCUUCCGAUGUAGAUAACAAUUUUUAUACCCAGACACUACUGUUAGAAAAUAUGAUGUAUAUAAAACAGUAACAGUCUUAUAGCAGUAACAUCACGCUGCAUUAAUUUAAGAAAAUUGUGUAUAUAUGAGAGUAUGGUAGAAAAGGCAAUUCUUCCAUACUGUAAAUGGAACUACUUUGGCAACCUGCUCGGAGUCAAUUCACUACACAUCUUUCUAACUGGAACAUGCCAAUUUGUACUAUGGUGUUUCAAAGCAGAUUCAUUUAAUAAUUAAAUAUAGAAUAUACA